AUGGCCUUUCUGGGGCCAGUUUGUCACCUUUUGGCAGCCUCUCCAGUCCCAAAAGCUCCUCAAGCCCAAAACUUCCUGAAGCCAAGCUCUCCAGACCCAGCUCAGGCCUCACGGUGGCCUCUGCAGGCCCACAUCGUCCUGAAGUCGGCCUCUCCAGGCCCAGCUCCGGCCUCCCGGCAGCCUGACUCCGGCCUCCAACAAGCAACCUCUGAGGGCUCAGCUCCCUCCCAGCUCCCACCAGCCUUUGUAGGCCCAAGCCUUUCUCCAGCCAGACUCUGUAGGCCCACAUUCUGCCUCCUGGUGGAAUGCACAGACCCAGCUCCAGGUGGAGAACAGCCUCUGCGGACCCCAUGCUUGCCUCCCAGGGGCCUCUCCAUGCUCGGCUCUCACCUCACAGUGGCUUCCCGGGACCAAGUUCCUGCCUACCUGCCUCCCUGCAGCCUUGACAGGCCCAGCUCCUCUUGCACCGUGGCCUGUUUCAGCCCAAUUCAUGACUCUCGCUGCCCGCCCAGAGGUGUGAGCGCCUGCCUCACACUGGCCCCUCUGGCAGACAUCCUCUCUCAUGCUGGACUGAUGGGGCUCCGCUCAUGCCUCUCGUGGCCUUUCCAGGCCCAGCACCUGCCUGUGGGUGGCCUCUCCAGGCCCAGCCUCUACCUAGCAGUGGGCCCUUCCGGGCCCGCCUCUAGCCUCGCCGUGGCCCACUCAGGACAAGCUCCUGCCCUUUGGCGGCCUCUGCAGGCCCAGCUUCUGCCUCCCAGUGGCCUCCAUAGGCCAAGUUAAUGCCUCGAUGGUGGCCUUUCCAGGUCUAGCGUUUGUUGCUUUGCAUCCUCUCCAGGCCGUGCACUUCCUACAGUUGGCCUCUCUGGGCCCGAAUCUUCCUACUGUUGGCCUCUGCAGGCCCAAGUUGUCCUUAAGUCGGCCUCUGUGGGGCCAGCUACUACUUCCCGGCCGCCUCUACAGGCCCAGGUCUUCCUCAAUUCGGCCUCCCCAGCCCAACUCUCGCCUCUUGGCUGCCUCUCCAGG